UCGGUCUUUCUGUCCAGCUGUGCUGACUGAAAAAUAAAACAAUUCUGACUCAACAGACAGACUUCUGAUUUAUAGUCAUACGGGAUUGGCUCUCAGCUGCCAGGUGAAAAUGACCAACCAAUCAACUCUCAUACUAAAGAUGGCCCUGCUGCUGCUGCUGCUGCUGCACGGCACAGAUGCAAAGAUGGAAAUCCUUAGCAGUAAGAAAGAUUUUCUAGUGGGAGAAGAGAUCUUACAGCUGUGUAAAGCCGGGGGAGAGGGAGAGAUAACGUGGCUGAAGGAUGGGGAAAUAAUCGACGAUGAAGAAAAGGUGACAGUGGUGGAUGAGACUACCUCUAAAUUGAAUAUUGAGAACGCUACGAUGCAGGAUGCGGGCAGAUAUAUGUGUCACUGUGAGUUUCACAACGGACACAAAGAUGAAGUCUCGACACAGCUGUUUGUUUAUGAGGGUCCAUCAUUUGGAAGCACCAACACCUACCAUGAGUUUCUGGAGGGCACAGACGGUUUGGUGCCAUGUCUGGUGACGGGCCUGCCAGCCGUGGAUGUUCACUGGCUCAGACACAAAGAAGAAAUAGGAGGAAAGCGAGUGCGUCAGCUGAUCGAUAAUACAGUCCUCAUUGAAAAGGUGAAGAGAGAGGAUGCUGGGACAUACGUGUGUAAGGCCCAGAUCAGAGGACGGCCCGUCCGUGAGCAACUCUCCGUGUCUGUAGUCGUCAAUGCUCCUCCUUCUGUGCGUCUGAGGGAAGAGGUGAAAAAGGUGCUGGCCGGACCAGAAACUAACGUUUCCCUGCUGUGUUUGGUGGACGGUCUACCAAAACCCAACAUUACCUGGAACAUGCCGGUGACCUUUGACCCUUCACAUCAUCAGUUUAACUCAGACCGCAGCCAGUUGACUAUAAAGUCUGUUGCCAGGGUCGACUAUGGAGAGUACAUCUGCACCGCCACCAACAAGAUCGCUGAGAGCAGUGCUACUAUUAUGCUUCAUGUUUAUGAAGCCCCAGAGGUGUUUGUGUCAGCAGAGCAGCAGAGUGUAUCAGUGGGCGAGCGCGUGUCUGUGUCCUGUAACGUCUCUGGUCAUCCUCAGCCUGCACUACACUGGCUCAACAAACACAAUGGACGAACACUGGACUCUAGCUCUGGUCUUGUCCGUGUUGUUGAUGGUACGUUGGUGAUUGAUGAGGUAGUGCCCUCUGAUGGUGGACUGUAUUCCUGCAUGGCUGUCAGCAACUCAGGAAAUGCAUCAAGAGACGUUGCAAUACACACCCAGCCCGGUCCACCUCACUACCUGUCAGUCUCACCUGGACCGACCUCAGUCCUCUUCUCCCUCAAAACCCUACCCAUCAGUGGAGGAACACCAAUCACAAGUUUCGUCCUGCAAUGGAAGAAAAGUGCUGCAGAACAGUGGAAGGAAGUUACAGUCCCAACUUCAGAUCCCCGAGCUAUCACCACCCUCAAGCCAUUCACAUUGUACACAGUACGUUUGGCUGCCUUGAAUGCAGUGGGAGUGGGACAGUUCUCAGAAACAAACACUGUCCGCACCCUGGGAAUACGCGAACCAGACAGCCCAGUUUUGUCAUCCGAUGCGAUGAAAGUAGAGGGCAACUCCUUCUAUGUCCCUAUUAAACAGACUGAUGAUGGUGGAACUCCUCUGCUGCACUUCGACGUACGAUACAGACAGGAUAAAGAGGAGACUGAGUGGAAAGAGAAGCAGCUGUCGUCUGAUGCUGACUCUGUCGCCCUGCGAGACCUGUCCUACGGAUCAGAUUAUCAACUGGAAAUCAUAGCGGUCAACGCUAAUGGUUCCUCUCUCCCUGCCGCGUUUAACUUCACCAUCGCAGAACAGCCUGCCAAAGCGAGCAGCAUGACCAAAGGCAGAGUGAUUGGCAUCGUCAUGGUGAUCUUCCUGGUGGUAUUCCUGGUGGUAGACGCCACCUGCUGCUACAGAAACCGCUGCGGCCUGCUAAUGUCCAUCGCUGUGAAAAUCUUUGGACAGAAAGUCCCAGGACUGAAAAUGCUUGAAGAAGGAGAGGGAGGCACUAAUGGAGAUGUGAAGCUGAAGGGUAUUUCCACUCCGAGAGGCAGUGUGCAAGAUGCGGGGGUGCAGACACUCACUAAGGAGGGGGGGCCAGUCACAGAGAUCACCUGCGACAAAGCCCCCCUUACCAAACACGAGAAAAAGCUGCACACUGCUGAUGCAUGAGGCCAGAACCAGGAGAAACGACAAGUAAAACGUGUAAAUGAUGUAUAGAUAAUAGAGAAGAUAUCAACGUCAAUGAUCUCUACAUUGAAUACAGCUGCUAUGGGAAAGGUCAGUCAUUACUGACAGACUGCAGGGUUGCAGAUGUUGUUGAGGUUUGUUAGGUUUGGGCUGUUUCAGACGUCUCUGCUGUUGGAGUGAGAGAACAGCAGGUUGAAAAUCUCCCAGUUUCCAAUUCACAUGAAGACUGACACAGGAUACAGGCAGGAGGUGGUGCCAUUUUGUGUUUUUUGUUCUGUGUGCUCUGAUUUAGAUUAGUUCAGAAGACAAAAUCGCAUUUUACAGGGUAAUCGUGAUGUCUGUGUUUUACAGGGUAAAGUUAUUGGUCUUAGAAAUAAAAGAAUAUUGCUAAAUUUUCUAAAAGUCACAAUAAAUGUUUACCUUCUGCAUUUUGAAUGCUGUACACAGACACAAGGUCUUAUUUUAUUGAAUUGUUUUUCAUUUCUUUAUGAUGUUUUUUGUAUAUUUUGUUUUGUUAUUUACUUUUUAUUAACAUGGCUGCUCUUCUGAUGGUUAUGUAAGAUUAAACUUUAUUUUAGUUUAAAUAACACUAUAUCCUGAUACUGACCAGUAUGUUGAACCAUUUAAAGGGCAUUUCAGCUUAAACUAAACCUAUAUUACCUUAAUGUAAUCACCAUGCACUAAUAUGUAUUGUUUUUAAACCAUACAUGAGAGAUAUUUAUCAUGACAGGCUUUGAACAUGAAGCCAUAUUUGACUUUUUAACCAGCUUUACUGUUAAGCACAUUUUUGUGGAAGAACUUUAUAAAUGGUUGGCAACUAACACUGGCCCCAUAGGGGAGCUGUACUGUAAUUAAAAGCAACUUUUAUUAUGAAAAUAUCCUUUAAAGUACCUGUAAUAAUAGCCAACAUGUAAAACAUAUAUACAGCUAACAAAAUUGACUUAUGCUAAAAGUUAUUUUGUAUUUGUAAUCAUAUUAAUAUUCACGGUAAUUAAACAACAAUAUUUAACAACAGUUAAAUAUUUAACUUGACAUAAGUAUGUUAUGUUUGCAAUUGACCUGAACAUCUUAAUGAAGUGUUUUAAAAUUGUUGUGAUAUUGUAUUGAACACUGUAUAUUGCUGUAGAUACACAUGCUGUUACAUCUUUGCAUUUGAUAAAAAC